CGGAAGUCCACUUUAGACUCGGAGGCCGCGGAGGGCUCCACGCUCAGCCGGCUCUUCUUGAUGAGGACAAUGGGGCACAGAAUGGUCAUGCAGCUUACCCAGCAUACUCAACACACCUCACUUCUGGGGACUGUAUCUUCUUGAACCUCUUUAUCCCCACAUGGCUUGACUCCUGGACCCCACUUGAUUAGCCAACAGUUUCCUCAUCUGUAAGAUGGAAAUGAGCCUGUCUCGGUUAUUGUGAGGAUCCAGAUGACAUGAGUGUACUGCAGGUGGAGUUGCUCAAUAAAUAUACAUUGCCUUCUGCUACUACGAGGGCCUGGCAUUGCUGUUUUUGGUUUUGCUGCUUACUUUCUCCAGAUGGUUCGGAUUUGCAGUGAGGAUUGAGACCCACUCAAUGGCGACCCCUGUGAAAGGGUCGUUCGACCCCCGAAGGGGUUGUGACCCACAGGUUGAGAACCGCUGUAUUAGAGGAUGACCCCUCUAACGAAGUGGCAGGAAGGCAGUGAGGAUGCAAGUGGAGCUGGUCAGAUGACAGCCAGCCCAGAUUCGGUGUCCUCCUAUCUGUGAAAAUGUCUGCCAGGACCCAGCUAGCGGCCAGAGCUUCCCGUAUUGAGCAAUUGCUGUCUGAAGGGAAAUUUGAGGAUCUUGGCAACCACCUGACGGAGCUGGAAACUCUGCACGUGACCAAGGAGCAUCUCCAGCAGACACAUGUGGUCAGGGCUGUGUACCGUGUCCUCAAAAACUGCCCCACCGUGGCUUUGAAGAAGAAGUCCAAGUGUCUCCUGUCGAAAUGGAAAGCUCUUUAUAAUGAUCCUUAUUUCAAACCAGGGGACAGCCCCAAAUUCUUCCCCGUGGGUGAUAAGGACAAAAAUUCAGGACUUUCUUAUGACUCACGUCCAGAUGAGACAUUGCGGGGCUCCAGUUCUGAUCCUCUGCUAUCUUCCCAAGAUGCUAUAGCAAAAGCCGCUGAAAUGCUUAUGCCUGAAAACAGCCCGAAUGGAAUGGAACGUAAGGAAGAGGAUGUCAAGGGCGGCGACCCCAAAUCCACUGACAAGAGAUCAAGUGAGUUGCCACAUCCUGCAGUGCCCGUGAGAAUGAAAUGCACAGAGCUUCUUUAUGAAGCUUUAACUAGUUCUUCCACCAAUCAGCCCAAAGCCGAGUUGUGGCAAAGCUUUGCAAGAGAAAUUGAAGAGCACGUUUUUACCCUGUAUUCAAAGAACCUCAAAAAAUAUAAAACUUGUAUCAGAAGCAAAGUUGCCAAUCUGAAGAACCCCCGAAAUUCUCACUUACAACGAAACUUGCUCUCUGGGACCAUGUCACCAAGAGAAUUUGCCGAAAUGACGGUCAUGGACAUGGCAAGCAAGGAGCUGAAAGAGUUGAGAGAUUCCUACACGGAAUCUGGCAUUCAGGAGCAUUGCCUUCCCCAAGUGAUGGAGGGCACCCAGACGGAGAAAAUAAAAUGCAGACACUGUGAAAAGUUCAAUUGCAAGGUCACUGUAAUUGACAGAGGAGCACUUUUCCUUCCAAGUUGGGUGCGGAAUUCAAACCCAGAUGAACAAAUGAUGACCUAUGUAAUCUGUAAUGAAUGUGGGCAACAGUGGUACCAUAGCAAUUGGGUGUGCUUGUAAUGGUAAAUAAAUGCUCUGGGCCUGGCACAUAUCUUAAAUGUAUAUAGAUUUUGUCAGGAAGUUAUCUUAGACUAAUAACUACGAUUAUGAGAAUCAGAAAAGAGUAAGAGAACAAACAAAAAUCACCUAAAUCUUGCCGUUCAGGAAAUCCCAGUCUAAAAUGCUGUGUAUCUAUUUUCAGCCUUUUCACUUGUGAUUUUUAAGUAAAAUUUGGUUGAGACUCUAUAUGACGUUUUUAAAUAACAACUUUAUUCAGUUGGCUGGGCGUCCUCUUGUAUUCCCUGUCAGGGCACUUGCCGGGGUUGUGGGCUCUGUCCCUGGUAGGGGGCAUGCAUGCAGGAAGCAGCCAAUUGAUGUUUCACUCUCACAUCGAUGUUUCUCUUUCCCUCUCCCUCUCCCUUCCCCUCUCUAAAAAUUAAUAAAAUUAGUUUUAAAAGUAAAAUAAGUAAAUGUUCUGAACAACAGAUAACUGGAGUGAAACCUUAUAUUUAUAUCACCCUUUUAUGCUUGUUUUUAAAAUCCUAUACAACCCUAAGAAGCCCAGUUGGUGUGGCUCAGUAGUUGAGUGUUGACCUAUGAACCAGGAGGACACAGUUGGAUUCCUAAUCAGGGCACAUGCCCGGGUUUUGGGCUCAGAUAUACAAGAGGCAACCGAACAGUGAUUCUCUCUCAUCGUCAAUGUUUCUAUCUCUCUCCCUCUCCCUCUCUGAAAUCAAUCA